AUGAAGGUCACACUCGCCAUCCCACUCUUCCUCGCAACCGCAGCCCUAGCCGCUCCAGUCACCGAGCCCGCUUUGGAUCCUAUCGACAUCGAAGCCAUCGCUGACCUCGAGACACGCCAAUUCAGCAGCGGCACAACCUCGAAUGAAUUCACCAGUGGUGGUUGUCGUGAUGUCAUCUUCUUCUUUGCCAGGGGGAGUACUGAGGCUGGCAACAUGGGCACAGUGAUCGGCCCACCCCUAGCCGGCAACCUCAAAUCCACCCUCGGCGCCUCAUCCGUUGCGGUCCAAGGCAUCGACUACCCAGCCGCAAUCUCCACUAACCUGCUGCCCGGCGGCGCCGACCGCAACGGCAUCGCCACCAUGAAGUCUCUCCUCGAGCAGGCCGCCUCGCAGUGCCCUAACUCCAAGCUCGUGGCCGGAGGGUACAGCCAGGGCGCGGCGCUGACCCAUCGUGCCAUCGAGAAUCUCAGCGAUGCGGUGAAGGCAAAGAUUGUGGGUGUGGUGACAUUUGGGGAUACGCAGAAUUUGCAGGACAGGGGCCAGAUUCCCAACUUUCCGAAGGACAAGGUCAAGAUCUUUUGUGCGGCCGGGGAUUUGGUUUGCAGUGGCAGCCUGACCAUUACGGCGGCGCAUCUGUCGUACACACGGAAUGCUGGCGAGGCGGCUGAUUUCUUGGUUGGGAAGAUCCGUGGCUAA